AUGACAACUUCCCAUUUGAUCAUCGUCGUCAUUGCAACAUUGGGUGUUCUCGCAAGUUCAAUCUCCGCCAAGGAAUACAUUGUCGGGGACGAAAGUGGUUGGACUCUCGAUUUUGAUUACCAAACUUGGGCCAAGGAUAAAGUUUUCUUCGUUGGAGAUACACUUGUAUUCAAUUAUGCGUCUGGCGCCCAUACAGUGGUGAAAGUAAACGGGACCGGUUUCCAACAAUGUAUCGUUUCACCGGCCAUUGGAACCUUGACAAGUGGACGAGACGUUGUUCCCCUUCAAACCGCAGGGAGGAAAUGGUACAUUUGUGGUGUUGGAAAGCAUUGCGAGUCAAAAAACAUGAAACUGGUCAUCACGGUUCUACCACAAACGAUGGUUCCGGCUCCAAGCCCAAUGGCAACAUCAACAUCUAACAAAUUGGCAACACCAACGUGUUAUCGCUUUGUGGCUAUAUUGUUCGGCAGUCUUUUGUUGCUCUUAGUUUGA